AUGUUCGUGCGACGAUAUCUGAUCGUUCUUCUUCUUACUAUUCUUCUGUUUGCCACUCUUCGUCUUUCACCUAAUCGUUCGAAAAUAUUAAAUGAACAAGAAUCAUCUAGUUGUUCACAAUUAUGUCCUUAUGUGAUGAAUUUAUCGUACGACUAUCUUCAUUUCGAUUCACAUCAUCUAACUCGACAUUAUCCUGACUUUGUUUGUCAAUUGAAUUUUCGUAAUAUGGCCGAUUGGGUUUACGGUUGGCCGUAUGCAUCUCACGAGCGAAUCGAAACAACAAGAAAUGGAAAACACAUUGCCCCGUGUCUACCUGAUGGUAGUAUUAUCUAUGUUAGCGUUUGGGCGAUUGGCACAUUCUUCACGGAUGUUUAUCCACAUCUUAUUCAUAGAUUUGUUCUAAUUACGGGUGAAGGUGAUUUGUCUUCGCCGAUUCUUGACUAUCUCGAACGAACCGAUUCGAAAAUUAUCCAUUGGUUUGGUCAGAAUGGCGCAAUUGCUAGUUCGACGAGCAAGAAAUUCACUCAUAUUCCAAUCGGUCUUCAAUGUUAUGAAAUGGCCGAAGCAAUGAAAACGAUCUACAAAGAGCAGAGUAACUACACACUACCACAACUAUAUGGCGAUAUAGACGAGCCGAUAAAGUACAUUCAACCAAUGGACAUGACUCAUCGAAUAUUGUUUAACAAAGAUAGUAUGUUGAAAAAAAAUCUUUUGCUCAUCAACUUUUUGUCGAAGAACGAUGAAACAGGAUUGCGCCGGCGUAUUUGGAAAGAUUUAUGCAUACAUAGGAAGAAAAAUCAAUCAUUUAUAACGUGUCUCAGUAAAACUCCUGGUGUUAAUCCAUCAAAUCUUAUUGAUGUCUAUCGACGAAAUCGUGAACAUUCAUUCUGGUUAUCACCGCGUGGCAACGGUCUUGAUUGUCAUCGGACGUGGGAAGCCUUGUAUUUGGACAUGAUCCCUAUCGUUUGGAAUUCGUCGCUUAAUGUCCUUUAUGAAAACUUGCCUGUUGUUGUUAUUCAGGAUUAUAAAGAGAUUACAGAAGAAUUUUUGAAUGAGAAAUUGAAGAAAAUUUCGACGGCGAAGUUUUAUCAAAUGAAACACACAUAUCGUAUGGAAAAAUUACGUAAUGCAUAUUGGCGUCGAUUAAUUUUAAUCAAAUCUAGACAUUCGAUAAAAGAGAUUAAUAAACGAACGAAUCUCUGCUGGAGAGUAGCAAAUUCCACAAAAUCGUCAGUCUUCCCGUGGAAAAAAUAA